AUGGAACUGCAGGAUCCAAAGAUGAAUGGAGCCCUCUCUGCAGGAGCUAUGGGCUCCUAUCCCCCUGCCCUAUCUAACUACAGGCGGGAGCAUAAGAGCUUCCUGCCCAGCCAUAAUCCUGCUCCUGGGAGGAAGCCAGACCAAUUCAUGGAUUUCGAGGGGAAGACAUCAUUUGGAAUGUCAGUGUUCAACCUCAGCAACGCCAUCAUGGGCAGCGGCAUCCUGGGUCUGGCCUACGCCAUGGCCCACACAGGAAUCAUCUUCUUCCUGGUCCUGCUGCUAUGCAUUGCACUUCUGUCUUCAUACUCUAUCCAUCUCCUGCUGACCUGUUCUGGUGUUGUAGGCAUCCGAGCCUAUGAGCACCUGGGACAGAGGGCGUUCCGGCCUGCAGGGAAGGUAGUGGUGGCCACGGUCAUCUGUCUGCACAAUAUUGGGGCCAUGUCCAGUUACCUGUUCAUCAUCAAAUCUGAACUCCCCCUGGUUAUUGGCACCUUACUGGGCAUGGAGCCUGAGGGGCACUGGUUCUUGAAGGGAAACCUCCUCCUCAUCAUCAUCAAUUUGUUCAUCAUUUUUCCCUUGGCUCUCAUGAAACACUUGGGCUACCUGGGAUAUACCAGCGGCCUCUCUCUGGCCUGUAUGCUGUUUUUCCUCAUUUCGGUUAUCUAUAAGAAGUUCCAGCUUGGCUGUGCUGUGGGCCGCAAUGAGACAGCAGUAGAGAGUGAGGCCCCACUGGACCACCUCAUCCAGGGGCUCAACAGAAGCUGUGAGGCUCGGAUGUUCACAGUUGACUCACAGAUGUCCUACACAGUACCCAUCAUGGCUUUCGCCUUCGUCUGCCACCCUGAGGUACUGCCCAUCUACUCGGAGCUCUCCCGGCCCUCCCAGCGCCAGAUGCAGGCCGUGGCCAAUGUGUCCAUUGGGGCCAUGUUCUGCAUGUACGGGCUCACAGCAACCUUUGGAUACCUCACCUUCUACAGCAGCGUGGAGCCAGAGAUGCUGCACAUGUACAGCCAGAAGGACCUGCUCAUCCUCUGUGUGCGCCUGGCUGUGCUGCUUGCGGUGACUCUCACAGUGCCAGUUGUGCUAUUCCCUAUCCGCCGGGCCCUGCUGCAGCUGUUCUUCCCAAACAAGGCUUUCAGCUGGGCACGGCAUGUGGCCAUAGCCCUGGCCCUGUUUGUCUUUGUCAACAUCCUCGUCAUCUGUGUGCCAACUAUCCGGGAUAUCUUCGGGGUUAUUGGGUCCACUUCAGCCCCCAGCCUCAUCUUCAUUCUUCCCAGCAUCUUCUACCUCCGCAUUGUACCCUCUGAGGUGGAGCCCCUCUGCUCCCGGCCCAAGGUCCAGGCCCUGUGUUUUGGUGUUCUGGGGAUCCUCUUCAUGGUGGUCAGCCUGGGCUUUAUGUUUGCCAACUGGGCCACAGGCCAGAGCCAUGUGUCUGGACACUGA